CCACUCGUGUUGAGCCAUUCUCAGGAGCCUUUACACUGCACACCAGCAAGAGGGGUAACUGCAGCUGUUACUUCAAACACUGCCUUUUUAUGUCCUGCUCUGCAUUUGGACAAUUGUAGACCGGAUUUUUUGGGGGCUCGUUCGAGGGAGGGCGAGCUUCUGGACUCGAACUCGGAGCGACAACAAGACUCACCUGAACACAGUGCUGGAUAUCCUUCCUGUUCAUUCUAACGUAACAAAAAAUAGUUCCUAUCACCACGUCACUCGCCAGCCGGGCACAUCAGAAGCUGGCUCCAAUUUCUGCACUGUGAAAUUGAAUCAGAGGAACAGAGAGGCAAUACAGCAGAGGCUUUGUGUCCCUGCAAUUGAAACACUAACCAGCUGAAAAUAUCAAAGAGUGUCCUGGACAAAGCGCUCCUCUCAAACCUCUCUCUCAAAUCUGCAGUGGAAGUAGAAAGUGAGGGGAGAGGAAGGCAAAGGGGAGACUAGAAGGAUUGUGUGCAGGUGCCGGGGCUGUCAUGGUGCGUGGAGGUGACGGGGCAGCGGCUCCGUCCUGCUGGACCCUUUGGGCAUUUGGCGCCCUGUCGCUGCUGGCACUGUGCCUGUCGGACCAGGCCAUCCGCUGCCCGCUGUGCACCGAGGAGAGGCUGGCCAGCUGCCGCCUGCCUGACGGCUGCGAGGAGACGGUGCGGGAGCCCGGCUGUGGCUGCUGCCCCACCUGCGCCCUGCCCAAAGGGGCCCACUGUGGCGUCUACUCGCCCCGGUGUACCACGGGCCUCCGCUGCUACCCACCACGCGGCGUCGAGAGGCCGCUGCACUCGCUGAUGCACGGCCAGGGGGUGUGCACUGACGAGAGGGAGGUGGAGGACAACUCAGCAAUGGAGAGGCAGGAUGAGAUCAUCCCUGAACACCCGAACAACAGCAACAUCCGCUGCAGUCCGCAGGACAAGCGCUGCAUACAGAAGACCCUGGCCCGACACCCUCCCAAAUCCAACCAGAGAAAUAACAACGCCCGGGAGGAGGCCAAGGCGGCACUGGCUCCAUGUCGUGCUGAGCUACAGAGAGCGUUGGACAGGUUGGCGUCAAAUAGCCGCACACAUGACGAUCUCUUCACGAUCCCAAUACCCAACUGUGACAGGAACGGAGAUUUCCACACUAAACAGUGUCAUCCCGCACGUGACGGCCUGCGGGGAAAGUGCUGGUGUGUGGACCAGAAGACGGGCAUGAGACUGCCGGGCCCACUGGAGCCACGAGGGGAUCUGGACUGCCACCAGAUAAUGACUGCUACCCUGAGGGAUUGAGGAGUGGAUGGGCUGUGGGGUGGGGGCAGGACCAGCUGGAUUCUACUGGUGCUUAUUAGUAGAACUACGCGAAGAAAGGACUUUGCUCUAAAGCCUCGCUUCACCUGAGGCCGGUACUUGAGCCUGCGCAACAAAAAGGAAACCAUUGAUUUAUUUUGCUAUUUUGUUUUCUGUGUGUGAGAGUAUGUGAUCACAGAUUUGUUUGAGCACUUGUUGUGUAUUGUUUCUAUGUGAACUUCAAGACCGAACGUCUUUAGCCACAUGCGCUUUAAAGCUACAGGUAAUUGUGAUCUUUGUUCGAGAGCAAAAUGUGUUCUUUUCUCUAGUCUAGCUUCAGUAGAUGAUUGUUCAAAAUGAUGUUGCAUCAACCCUACCAGAUAAUCAGACGUGAAAUACCACAGGAGCUGUUAGCACUAGAGCGGCUGGAAUAACUGCAUCAGGACAAUCCAGGAAGAUGAUCAGAUAAAGGAUUGUGUUGGUUUUUCACACAAUAUGUGAAAUAGAUUGUAACGUCUCAUUGUCCUAUUUGUCCAUCACCCCACCCAUCUGGUAACUAGGUCAAAACAAAGCACAAAACGUGUUUGCAAACACAAAGUCUAGUUCAGUGACGACACAAGAGCAAUAAAACAAGGGAUGAUAACAGAUCAAAUGAACAAAGAAACGGGGGAGGGGGGAGGCAAAGGAAUGCAACGAUUCCCUGCCAUGAGUUACCAAAUGAUAAGCCAUAGCUUUUCCCAACAUCAAACCAAAGUGGAAAGUGAGAUAAAAGAGAUUACUCUCAACAACAGUAUCUCUGACAGGCCAGAGUAGAUUAGCUUCACCGCCCCGUGGCUAACUCUGCUAGCUCUGUAUCCUGGUGGUGUGGAGGGACUGGCAGCACAGCAGGCACACACCCUGGACCCUGCUGAUAGGCUAAUCGUAUUUCUCCAGCUGGUGCUAACAAGCCAGUGUUACUUUGAUGAUGUAUGAAUAUGCUUCAACAUGAACGACUUCUCUCCAAACAGACUGCUUGGCAGGGCUUUCAUGGUGCUAUAUACUGAUCGUGCCAAAAAACAAACAAAACGGCUUCUGCACUUUUGGGGUAUUGUUGAAGAAUGGAACAGAAGACUGGGAUUUCAGAAAGGGAGCAUUUAGCAUCAGCAAGUGUGAGGAUCACCUACAUGUGUGACUAUCUGCACUAGCUACUGGCCAAGAGGGCUUUCAAAGUGUGUAUUCAAAGUUAUUGUUGAAAUGUAUAGGUUACCUGACAAUAGAGUGGUGCAGGAAUGAGUCUUAAACCCGGCAAUGAGUUGUUUCAAAGUCAAUGUACUUUUUGUUUUUGUUUAGGUGCCUCAAGCUUACGCUAUAUUCACGUUUUGUUCUGCAAUAUAAAAUACGUCAGUAAACACCGCAAUGGUGAAUGUCUGAAGCUUUUAUAAGUCUUAAAAACUGAAAUGUCUAACCAGUGGCUUAAUGAGACUACUUCAAGUUAUAAGUAUAGGCAAAGAAUAAUACAAGUCAGUGGUGAUACUCAGUCAUGUGACCGGGAUUUUGUUUGUUUGUUUUAGAGCCUAACGUUAGCGGUUUGCUUCUGGCCAAUGCAUUUUCACCGGCCAGAAGUCAAACAUGUUGUCAAUAUGUCAAAAUUAUACUGCUGAACAAAACGUGUAUCAUAAACAUGUGUUGGCUAUGUUCUGCAAUAUUUCAAAACAUUUGAUGGAAAAUCCCAUAACCUUUAGUUUAGGUAGCUCUUGUGAUGCUAAGUUCUGGGUCGGCCUACACAACUACUUCACUUCACUGUACCACUCGAUAGCGCUGCACUAACACUUCAGAUAGCUGGCCUGUUGUUUCAUUGGCAAACGUUGUACAUUGCAGGUGUGAUGAGUCUUUAAUAUACAAGCAGAGCAUAAUAAGCAUUAAUGAAUAAACUCCUGGCAGCAAAGCCACUCCAAGUCAACAUGAAGCUGGAACUGAGGUUGAGUUGCAGUAAAGUAUAAUGAUUAUGUGGAAACAUGACAACGCUGGCUCUCAUAUCGCCCGUAGGGCAUCAGACUAAUAUUAAAAUGAGUUAUUUACCAGUGCAAAUAUCAUAGCUUCUCAUCAAGAUGCUGUAAGUGAGGCUAGUAAUAUUCUUAUAGAAGUGUGUUGUACUUGUGGCAGGAUAGCAGGCUUAAGCUAAUGCUGGUGUUUAUCACAACCAGAUAUGGACAGCCUGCGCGUUGGAGACUUUGGUUUUUAUUAACUCAAGCACAAAUGUAUCUAAAUGUGUCAUUAUUAUAAGAAGAGCAUAAAUGUCAAGCUAACAAAUACAUUUGCAGUGCAGUCAUUACAGAUAUGUCACAGAUAAAUCCUAUUAAAAAACAAACAGAUUAAAGCUUCUGUCACAAAAUGGAUUUCUUGUUAUUUGUAUGUCUUCAGACUCUUACUUUUGAGAUGGCAUAUCAAGGCUAAUGUAGGUUGAGAAAAACUAAUGAUAGUGUGCAGGAAACGGGAAUAUUCUAAAUAAUAACCUGAUCGCGCACAUUUACAAUAAACAAACUAGGAUGUUUCCUGAGAAUUAAAGUGGUAUCAUUAAUCUGUAAUCUGUCUGCUAGUAUCAGCUUAUCCAAAUCAAUUUGUUGUUUUCUUUUGAAUAGGCCCAAUUUAUUGCAAUGUAUAUUUAAAAUCUGGAUGCCCAUGAUAAUGUGAAUCUAGGCUAAAGUGUAUUUUUUUACUGCUGAAUUUGAUUGCAAAAUAUAAUUUGAUUAGGUCUUCUAUUGCUGGUAAAUACCCCUCAAGGGUUGGAGUCAGUGGUGUGAUGAGGUCUAUCCAUCCAGCAGAAAAACAAUGAUGUUCCUUGUUUUUUAUUAAAUGUAUCUCCUCAGAGAAUAUUCAAGUUUUUACUUGCACAUUUCCAUCGUAUAUAUCAGAUUUCUUUCUCAGAAUAUAACCCUUAUUUUAGAUCCGUUCAGCUUUUAAUAAGACUAUUUGAGCUCAAAACACUGAAGGGAGGUUCAUUCAGCUGCAAACAGAAAUAAAAGAAGUGCCAUGGAAACUUUUAUUGUUAUCUUUAUAAUGCAGUUUUGCAAAUGUUUCCGUAUUGAAUUGGGUCUCUUUCUCAAAUGCAGAGUGCGUAUAUCAAUUGUGAGUCUGCUGCUAACUGGGGACAGUUCAUAUGAGCCAGAGUUCCCAAAGGUCAUCUAAUAAAAGUUCCCCCACAUCAUCUCAGCAUUUCUGUGAGUAUCUCCAGUGCAUCCUUAAAGACACUCAAGCUAAAUAAAAAAAAGCAGAAAAGUUCAAAUUCAGUUUUAAAUAGGUUUACAUAUUAAAAGGUAAAGCACAAUAACCAAUUCCAAUUCCUAUUUUCUUGUCUCUGUCUUGGCCUAGUUAAAUAUGUUGUAUUUAAUAUCAGUCAGAAUUUUAGAUUUUGGUUGCCAGUUACUAACAACUCUACAUACUGUGAGUAAUUGAAUGUGAUGUAGUGUCGCUGAAGUCAAUGAUCAAUUUGCUGGUGUAUUGCCUUGAUGACUACUUUCUUGUCACUGAAGAAAGAAAUGUAUCCAAAGAUAGUUCACCAAAACACAGACGGAUAGACAGAAGACGUAUGGGUGGAGAGUCAUGCUGCAGCUUAAAACUGUCAAAAACCAAAUAUCCUGAGAGUCGUCCCAAAGACAAAGUAUCUGAAGACAUCAAUACUCAUUCAGUGAACUGCAUGCACACAAUGAAGUCCCAGCUAAACCCUAUCAUUCAUUACCAGAUGAAGGGUUACUAAACAUGUUUCUCUGGUAAGUGCAAUCUGUGAGAGAGAGGGCCUUCUAACAACAUGAACUGUGUAUAUAAGAUAUAGUCCGUUGCUUGAUCUCUAACUUUGAUGUACUGAACAGUGAUUGCAUUUCUCGCCAAUAGACUGUUCCUGUUUGCCUUUGAUAUUAUCUAAUCAUUUGUAGAAGAUAUGAAGAAAUGUUUGCAUGCAUACAAAUGGACUGUGGUUGGAAACAGCGUAGGUCUUGUGUAUCUUGUCCAGAGCAAGACCGUUAUACUAAAACACUGAAGCUAUCAACAAAUGAAAUGAUCAUUAUAAUGUAAAUGUUUACCUGAUGAAAAUGUACACAUUGUAAUACAUCAAUUAAAACAUUUUAGAAACUACAAA